AUCCGUAGGGUCCAUCUUCACCUUGUUGUUCUGUACCUUGGUGAGCAGCAGACCACUAGUUUGGCUUUCACUCUAGGUUAUGUUUUCACAGGUGUCAUAACUAUAAAGGGAAGGGUAACAGCCCUCCUGUGUACAGUACUAUAAAAUCCCUCCUGGCCAGAGACUCCAAAAUCCUUUUACCUGUAAAGGGUUAAGAAGCUCAGGUAACCUGGCUGACACCUGACCCAAAGGACCAAUAAGGGGACAAGAUACUUUCAAAUCUUGGUGGGGGGAAGGCUUUUGUUUGUGCUCUUUGUUUUGGGGGUUGUUCGCUCUUGGGACUGAGAGGGACCAGACAUCAAUCCAGGCUCUCCAAAUCUUUCUGAACAAGUCUCUCAUAUUUCAAACUUGUAACAGUUACUCUGUCUUCAGCAAGCAAGUUGAGACUGAAUUCUGGAAUUUGUUUUCUCUGCCACGUGUCAAUAAUAAGGAAGAACUUAUAUUAAAUGGAAGAUAAGUAAAGGGUCCUCCAACUGGCCUGCUGAUUUGGGUCUGGCAGAGAGCUGUCUUCAGCACCUCAUCAUGUAUCUGCUUUUUGUUGUUUAGACAAGCCUGGACAUUUCUGUACACACAAUCCUCAGCUAUAUCCGAAGAAGAAAUUCAGGUGAAGAAAAUCAUGCCUUUGUUCAGUAAAUCACACAAAAAUCCUGCUGAGAUUGUAAAAACUCUGAAAGAAAACAUGGCCAUAUUGGAAAAGCAAGAUAAAAAAACAGACAAGGCAUCAGAAGAAGUGUCAAAAUCACUGCAAGCAAUGAAGGAAAUUCUGUGUGGUACUAGUGACAAGGAGCCACCUACGGAAACAGUGGCUCAACUGGCACAAGAAUUAUACAACAGUGGCCUGCUAGUGACACUUAUAGCCAACUUGCAGCUGAUAGAUUUCGAGGGCAAAAAGGAUGUGUCCCAGAUAUUUAACAACAUCUUGAGAAGACAAAUUGGCACUCGAAGCCCUACUGUGGAAUACAUUAGUGCCCAUCCACAUAUCCUAUUUAUGCUUCUAAAAGGGUACGAAGCACCACAUAUUGCCUUACGCUGUGGAAUUAUGCUGAGAGAAUGUAUCCGGCAUGAGCCACUUGCCAAAAUCAUCCUUUUCUCAGAACAGUUCAGAGACUUUUUCAAAUAUGUGGAAAUGUCAACGUUUGACAUCGCUUCUGAUGCCUUUGCUACAUUUAAGGACCUGCUAACGAGACACAAAUUGUUGGUAGCAGAUUUCCUAGAACAAAAUUAUGACACAAUCUUUGAGGACUAUGAAAAACUGCUUCAUUCUGAGAAUUAUGUCACAAAGAGACAAUCUUUAAAGCUGCUGGGUGAACUGAUUCUGGACCGACACAACUUUGCCAUCAUGACAAAAUACAUCAGCAAACCAGAGAACCUGAAGCUAAUGAUGAACCUGCUGCGAGAUAAAAGCCCCAACAUUCAGUUUGAGGCAUUUCAUGUGUUCAAGGUAUUUGUGGCCAGUCCAAACAAAACGCAGCCUAUCGUGGAGAUUCUAUUGAAAAACCAACCCAAGCUAAUUGAGUUUCUGAGCAAUUUCCAGAAAGAGAGGACAGAUGAUGAACAGUUCACCGAUGAGAAGAACUACUUGAUUAAACAGAUCCGAGACUUGAAAAAGCCAACACCAUGAAGAUCUCCCCUAAUUUCCCAUCAUAGGCAUGAAAUCAUAUUUGUUCAGUUCCUCCCACGUGUCAUUUAACAACACAAUAGCGCUUGAGAAGUGCCUGUUUUAGUUUGAUUCUUUGUUCACAUAGAUGUCAAGAGUAUAAAGGUCUUACAUGAAAACUUAAAAAACAAAAAAAAGUCUAGAAUAAUAUAUUAUUUCUAAUCAAGUCUGUGAUUAUUUAUGUCAGUUUAGACACCC